CAGGGUUAUUUGUAAAUAACUUCCAUAUAUGGAAGAGGUUAAUGUUCUCACGAGCCUCAGAUUGCAGGAAAUGUUCCCACGAUCAUAAAGGCAAAGUAUCGUGGACAUCGCAUCGACAUUGUACUUAGGAUUGUCCCCGCUUCUAGUAGGACGGGAUUCCUCUUGGCACUACUUAUCUGCAAGUAUUUCUUCUGCAAACUUACCUUGUAGCCUGUUGAAACUCACCGUAAAUUCAAACUUCGGGGGAAAACUUUAGUGAUAAAUUAAUUGAAGUCUUGAGCUCGGACUGAACACGUUUUCUGAGUCAAUGGGGUCUUGUUUCUUCACRACACAUCGCAUCGUUUAGAGGGUAAUUAUAUUCUUUGGUAAAGAAGGUCAGCUAAUGUGUACAUGAUCAAAGGACAUUAGUUGGUAUUCAAUCGGAAUCCAACUUUUUCACCUCAAGAGGAUAAAAUCUAGCAAAGGAAUCAAACUUCGAAGUUGGGUCCAAUGCGUAGAACAGCACCAAGUUUGACUUCUCCUCUCCCUCGGCAUGCCAUCAAACGUUUUCAUCUCGAUCCUUCCUACAAUACAAACGAUCUCACUUCAGGCUCUAACAACGACUCCAUCGAUACAACAGUAUAUCAACCACAUAUAUCAGCCAAUCUUACUGGGAAUUUUUCUAGUAAUAACGACAAUCACUGCGAUCGUAGGGGUCCUUACCAUAGAGUUGGUGGAGGAUAUACACCAAAACAUGGACGAGAAGCUCUAACCAGCCCAGAGGGUAGGGCACUGACACAGAUAAACAUGACGGCAGGUCAACCAAGCCCUCCUACAACACCAUCUCCAACACCUGAUGAUGAUGAUAGAUUACAUAAAGACAGUUCUGCAAGGUUUCCAAUGUGUUCAUAUGUACCAACAAAACUAACCAAAGUAGCCAUGGAUAUGUACUUAAACGAGGUUGUCAAGAGGAAUGGACAUCAGACUGUCGUUAUUUUUCAUGCAAAAGUUGCGCAAAAAUCUUACGGAAAUGAAAAAAGGUUUUUCUGUCCACCUCCUUGUGUAUAUCUGUUUGGAGAAGGUUGGAGAAACAGGCAACAACUAUUACAACAAGCUGGAGAAGACGAUGGGAAAAGUCAGCCUGUAGCUUUCAUAGGAAUCGGCAACAAUAAUGAACAAGAUAUGCAACAAUUAUUAAUAGAAGAAAAGGGUUAUGGUGCUGCUAAAACGUUAUUUAUUUCUGACUCAGAUAAAAGAAAACACUUUGAAUUAUCAGUUAAGUUACUUUAUCCUAAUGGAGAUCAUGUUGGUAUAUUCAACUCUAAAAGAAUAAAGGUUAUAUCAAAACCAUCGAAGAAGAAACAGUCCUUAAAGAAUGCAGAUUUGUGUAUCCAGUCUGGAUCAACAGUAGCACUAUUCAAUAGGUUACGGUCACAGACAGUCAGUACAAGAUACUUACAUGUAGAGAAUGGGAACUUCCAUGCAAGCAGUCAACAAUGGGGAGCAUUUACUAUUCAUUUAUUGGAUGACGAAGAGAGUGAGAGUGAAGAGUUUACAGUAAGAGAAGGAUACAUUCACUAUGGAUCGACUGUUAAACUGGUGUGUUCAGUCACUGGAAUGGCCCUGCCGAGACUGAUUGUAAGAAAAGUUGAUAAGCAGACGGCAUUAUUAGAUGCUGAUGAUCCUGUUUCACAGUUGCAUAAGGUUGCCUUUUAUAUGAAAGACACGGAAAGAAUGUAUUUAUGUUUAUCACAAGAAAGAAUAAUCCAGUUCCAGGCAACACCCUGUCCAAAAGAAGCCAACAAGGAUAUGAUAAAUGAUGGUGCAUCAUGGACCAUAAUAAGCACAGAUAAAGCAGAAUGCAGUUUUUAUGAGGGGAUGGGACCUGUAAGAUCACCUGUUACUCCUGUACCAAUAGUAAAUCAUCUGCAGCUUAAUGGCGGCGGAGAUGUGGCCAUGUUGGAACUGACGGGAGAGAAUUUCACAGCUAAUCUUAAAGUAUGGUUUGGCGAUGUAGAAGCUGAGACAAUGUACAGGUGUGGGGAGAGUCUACUUUGUGUGGUACCAGAUAUAUCGGCCAUUCGUGGAGGCUGGAGAUUUGUACGGCAGCCCACAGAGGUAGCAGUUACCCUGGUUCGGUGUGAUGGUGUUAUAUACCCCACCGGUCUAACCUUUACCUAUACACCUGAACCAGUGGAACGACCACCCUUGCCAGUAGCAGAAUCAGUUAUCAGAGGAGAACUAUAGUUUUAUACUCAAGCUAUAUUGGUUAUCCAUUAUCACGUGCACAUUAAUAUUCACCCCAAAGAAGUAUGUUAGGGUUGAUUUGGUUUUGAUAACCUGCUCUCUUGUGAUUAUCAUGGAUGAUAAGUAACCUUGGCAACAUACAGUAAAUUUGGCAACAUACAGUAACCUUGGCAACAUACAGUAACCUUGGCAACAUACAGUAACCUUGGCAACAUGCAGUAACUUUGGCAACAUACAGUAACCUUGGCAACAUGCAGUAACCUUGGCAACAUACAGUAACCUUGGCAACAUACAGUAACCUUGGCAACAUACAGUAACCUUGGCAAUGUACAGUAACUUUGGCAACAUACAGUAUCCUUGGCAACAUACAGUAACCUUGGCAAUGUACAGUAACCUUGGCAAUGUACAGUAACCUUGGCAAUGUACAGUAAUCUUGAUUGACGAUGUAAGGUCAACAUUUUUAUGAAUCCCAAGAAGUAGAGAUCAUAUCAUAUUUCUAAGCAAAAUAUAAAGACUGUUCUUAAGCAAUGGACAAGAGAUUAAAGCUUCAAACUAGCUUCUGUUUAGAAAUAUAGUGUACAUACUUGAGAUAUACAAUAUGGAAAUACAGUCUGUGGAAUGUGGAUGGUUCAUGUGACAUAGAAUACUUCCAUUAUAAUGUAGCUCCUAUAAUUAUUUGCCAUGAAAUAGUCUUUACUGUAUAGUAGAAAUGGCAGAGUUUUAAGGAAGGGAUUUUGAAACAUAGUUUAGGCACCAAAUUUAUGAGAGGUAACUAUUAUUAUCAUGUACAGUACAUUUGAUAAAUUUAGCACCACUUGACUUGGAUAGGAUAAGGAAAUUGUGUAAGAMAUGUUUUCAUUCAAUAUGAAAAGAAUAUUUUUUCA